UCUCGUGCAUCGCGUCCGUUUUUGGUGCGUGAAAAGGUUCCUGUACGUGCGUGUGCAUACGUGUGCGUCUGUGUUUACUAGUGUAUAGUUGUGCAAAGGAGCAUCCAGGAGCUUAAGGGGUACCCCUUAGGGGGUGGGGCGUGUUUGUGUGUGUGUGCGUGUUGGUGCGCGUGUCCGUAGUGUGUGUGUGUGCGCUGUGUACGUGCGAUGGAAUUGAGCUACGACGAGGCCGUGAGCAGCAGCCCUCCAAGCGGAACCCGUUUAUUGAGGGAAUAGCUCACCUCUUCUGGCAGACAACACACGUCAAAUUACCACAGAGAGCGAACCAGCGUGUGCGAAUAAAGGAAAGGAAGCGAUAAAGAGAGACAUGUUAAUUAACGUCGGCAAAUCGGUAGAAUCAAUUACUCGCUAAGACCGACCGCCGCCCACCAUCCGGGCUCCGGUUAAGCCUUUGGGAGCAGCAGCUCCUCGUCCGAAUCGAAGGAAGUCGAGGAAGGAAAUCACUGUUGGCGCUGGAUCCCCGGCCCUGAAAAUCCCCGGCAUUCGAUUAAUCGUUAGUACAACCGGACUGCAGAGUAAACCCAUAGACACAAUGGCAUCCACUAUUACCGCUUAUCGGCAUCUCUCGCUGGCCCUGCUGGUGCUCUGCAUCGUGACAAGUCCCACCGAAAGCCGGUACCGGGAAAAGGAUGCCAAAAAAAGCAAAGGAGCGACGUUACAACAGCAGCAGCAACUGCAGCAGCAUCACAAUAUGCCCCCGAUGGUGAUUCCUUCACCUCUGAUGAACCUAUGUUCGGGGGAUCGCGAGAUGAAGCUGGUAUGUCACUGCUCACCGGAUGAUCCUCACGUUAAGGCACAGAAAGCGAACUGUUGGAUCUUCAGUAAGGAGCUACCACGCAAGGACGCAAACUGGCUCGCCUUCCAGACGCAAUCGACACUCGAGCAGCUCAAGAUCACGGUACAGAAGAUUGGCAACCUGGCGUACAUACCGUCCGAUGUGCUGCACACGCUCAAGUACCUCCGACAGUUGACGAUCGAGUAUGGCGUCAUACCGGAUCUGCAGAAUUAUGCGUUCGGUAAUCUGACGGAGCUGCGUAACGUGACGCUUCACAAGAACCAGAUCCGGUUGGUGCAUCCGUUCGCGUUCGCUAACCAUCCGCACCUGGAGGAGAUCAAUCUGGAGCGGAACGAGAUCAUUGAGCUGGAUAAGGAAGCGUUGGUGCAUUUGCCUACCUUGAGGAAGCUUAAUCUUGAUUUUAACAACCUGACGAUGCUGCAUGAUGAUGUGUUCGUUUUUUUGACGGCACUGGAUGAGUUGAAGCUUGAGUCGAACCAGAUCACCGUGCUGACGCGCGAGAUUUUUAAGGGUUUGGGCAAUCUACGGAUACUGAAGCUGACGGCCAACAGUCUUAGCUUCAUCGGUGAUACGAUCUUUGCGGAGUUGUGGAGUCUUCAGGAGCUGGAUCUUGACCAUAACCAGAUAGAGAAACUGUCAGCACGGGCGUUCGAUGGACUGAACAAUCUGCGGAAGCUGAACCUCGAGAACAAUCGGUUGAAGCGGUUGGAGCGUGGCAUCUUCACCGGUGUACCGGCGGUCCUUAACCUCAAUCUCAACUCCAAUCAGCUGGAAACGAUUACCUACAACAACUUCCUGCCGCUGAUGGACAACCUCGUCAACAGUACGGCCAUCCUUCAUCUCAAAGACAACCGGUUCAUCUGUGACUGUCGGCUGCUGUGGUUGUUCGAUCUGCGCAACAGCACCAAGAACGAUGUGCUACGGCAGGCACUGCAGCAGAUCGAGUGUUUGCACGACUUCAAGGGAAUUUCCCUCAUCUACGGUGGUCCAGCGCUACCGCCAGCACCACCGAACCAGCUGCUACCGAACCAUCUGAAGGACUACGGCCGUGGACCGGCGCACGAGCUGAUCAUCGAUCACGACUACUACGACGAGACGGGCGGCCAUCAUCGGCCACCGAAACCCAGUGUGGCCAUCCAGAAGAAGUUCAGUUCGGCCCGAUCGGCAGGUGAUGCAACAGGUGGUGGUGCCGGUACCGGUGUCGGUGCUGCUGCCGAUGGUGACAAGGCAACUGACGCUGGUCUGCAGACGGUGAAGCUGAUGAGCUUGAGGAAAGACACGAUCCUGCCCUGUCCCAAGGAGCUCGACGAACCGACCGAACUGCCACUGUCGCGAGAAUCCAUCGGACUCGAUAUGGGUUGGCGAUCGUCGGUGACGGCCACGAGUGCCGCCGGGCUGGACCGGUUUCCUGGCUGGAUGAUCGUGGUUCUACUUCUCGGACGGCUGGCGGUAUGUUAGUGGUGUUACUCCCGGUUAUUUCUGGUGCGCUCUUGUGUUGCUCUCUCUCUUGUUGGCUCCCUCUACACGCUGGUUCCGUUUUGGGCAAAAGUCCGACAGUGAAACAUCUGAUCAGUGGAUUGUAGUAAGGUACUAACACUCGCUAUUCCGUUUCCAACCGCGUUAUCAUUAGGUUUCCCCUUUUUUCCUUUCCUCGUGAUCGUGAACCAACCCUGAGCUGUUGGAGUUGGAGUAGCACAAGGCUAGCGCCCGAGCCCGAGCCCGGUUGAGCCCGGGGCCGGGUUGAUUGUAAAUAAUUAUCAUUUAUCAAUGAUCGCGUGAACGAUGAAUGGGUGAGUUCCGACUGCCGGGCGAACAAAGGAAAUUCAAAGUAGAUAAAUAAAAUCAUCUAGAAGGAAAAACGAAUUUACAAAAAAAUAGACAAAAAAAAAACAACAUACAAAAUGGCACUCAGCAAGCAGCAUAUGAGCGAGAUGCGUAGGAGAGAGUGGGUGUGUGUGUGUGUCAAAAGCCCCCCCGUCCUUUCCCACAAUUUACCGCUAGGUUUAGGGUGGUCCAGCUCACCAGAAGCGCCCUCAAAGCAUUUGGGCAAAGCAUGUAAAUAGACACAACUCUGUGCGUGUGUGAGUGAAAAAAGGGAAAAAGGAAACAGCAGCACACAAAGCUCUCAGCACAAUGAAACUGUUCGAUUGACCAGAUGCCAUCAUUGGCACACGUACACACACGCAAGGACACAUACAACCACAUCAACAACUACUCGAUGUAAAUAUCAACCGGAACGAGCGGCAGCCGCAGGAGCAAAGGGAUGCAAUCCACUCUAUCCACGUUGUCCACUCAAUCAUUCAUGUGCUGC